AUGCCCUUACUCCCUUACAUCCCCGUGAUCUCAUCCACCCUUCCCCCUCCAACCGGGCCCUACGGUGUGGGCUACGCUGUCGUCCACGCUCCGGCACAGAUCUGGUAUCGCCCCUCGCCGGUGUUCAAGGACUCGUCUCCGCGGGCUGGCGAGCCCGCCCUCCGUAUCAUCGGGAGCACGUUUGCGAUAUAUUACCCCACCGAUACGCGGGGAGGGCGCGCGCAGUGGAUUCCUGACCCUGUGGGCGGCGUGUUGGCUGGUUAUGGCCGGUACUUUGGUGCGGGGGAGUGGCUUUUACCGAUUGUCAGUGGAGCCGCAUCACGCUAUCAAGUCCCUGUGUCACCAAACGCUCCCCUCCGGCCAACAGACAAGCCAUACCCCCUAGUCAUCUUCAGCCACGGCAUAUGUGGUACCCUCACCACCUACUCACAAUGGGCCGCCAACCUUGCGAGCGAGGGAUAUGUCGUGUUGGCCAUCGAGCACGCCGACGGGUCUGGGCCGUACGUCGUCCUCCCCGACGGUGAUGGCGAGUUACCGUUGACCAUCAUGCGGGAACUGGAAUGGGACGACUCUCCGGACUCGAACCCCACCCCGACGUCGUCGUCUCCGUCAUCUACGGCCAGCUCUAUCUUCUUGGGACUCUCGGGACUGGGAAAGGUAAAGCGGGGCAAGGCCGAGGCCGACCUCCGCGCGCUCCAGCUCGACCAGCGGGUACGUGAAGUCUACGCUGCGCACGCGGCCUUCUCUAACCCCUCGAAUUGGAAAGUGGACGGGUUGGACGAAGCAAAAAGGCCCAAGUGGACCGCGUCCUUUGCGGAACAGGUCGACUCAUCCCGCCCGGCGCUGGCGGGACACUCGUUCGGCGCAUCCACCGUCUUCCGCGCACUCGAAGCCCCACCCGACGAUUACAAGCCGCUCGACGUGUCUGCAGCCCUAGCCCUCGACCACUGGUGGGAACCUUUCGCGCCACUCGGCGACCGGCCGCCCAUCGUCGACCCACCACCAAUCCUGGCCAUCAACAGCCAGGAAUACACCCUGGCGUCGCAAUGGCCAUUUAUCCUAGAGGACUGUCAGAAAGCACAGGCAAGCCUCGUCACGAUCAUUGGGACCAAUCACGAGAGCUUCUGCGACUUUCCCGUCAUCGUGACUGCCUCUCUCGCCACCGAUAUGAAGUACCUCAAGACAAUCCACCAACUUUCUCUCGCCCUCCUAAAGGGAUCGCUCGACGACAAGCUGGGCACACCGGAUGGAGGCAAGUUUCCGCGGACAUGCUUUGGGAAGAUGGCGGGACGGCGGGGUGAGGUGGUCACUCAUCUCCGCGGUAACAAGGUUCAAGAGUCCCAGACCGCGGAUACGCCAAAACAAUGA